AUUAUAAAAAAAAUAAAAUUCAGAGUAUUCUUCCAAAAAAAUUCAUUUCAAUUUGCUGAUAUCAUAUUCAAAUUAAUAUCAAUUUUCAAUCACAUUUAAUAACUUUGUAAAGUCGAUAUUUUUUAAAGCUAAUUUUAAGAAAAUGGAUGAGUUCUUCAUGGAAGUUGAUAAUAAAUUUAGAGUAUCCAUGGAAGAUUCAACAAUGAUGUGCAUGUUGCAUUCGGCGAUGAACAAGGCACACGCGAAAGUUGAAUCAAAGGAAGGUGUAAUCGAGAGACUAAACGAGCAGUCAAAAUUCUACGAAUUAGCCAUCAUUCAAUUAGAAGCAUGCUUAAUGUUUGUACAAGAGGAGGAAGGUAAUUACAUACUUGAAACAACACAUAACAGACUUUUAUUUGAAUUGUUAGAAAUGAAGGAUAAAUUUAUAGAAAGAUUACAAGAAACAGAUGAUGCAAUAGCCGAAAAAGAUAAGGAAAUGAACGAAAGGUUUGAAAAUGAAUCUAGAUUACGACAAAUAUUGGAAGCUAAAGAGAAGGAAUUACAAUUUUAUAAACAAUGUAAAGAUAAUAAAACUGAUGGAAGAUUGAAUGGAGAAUGUGAGUUAAGUUUAGAUGAAUAUAUUGUCGAGAACUCCAUCAAGGAAGAUAUAUACAUGGACCUUUUCGGAGAAACAUUUAAAGAAAUGAUACUAUAUGAUCAAGAAAAGAUUGCUUGUGAAUUAAUUAAUGUCACUAAGGAGGGUACUUUUCGUUCAAAUCAAGUGGAGGCCAUGGAACAUAUAUAUAUUUCUGAGUCAAAUACUUACAUACAAAGAUUUAAUCCAGAGGAAGCGAAAACUAUUUCCUUGGAAGAAAAAAUGCCAAAUUUAUGGAAUUUAGAAUUUAUGGAUUAUAAAUAUAAUUUUGUUAUAAAAGAAUCUAUUCAGUGGUGCACACUUUUAGAAGCUAUCAAACAGUGUGGAGUUUUAUUUACAAAGGUUCCUAAAAUCUCCCAUGGUAAAAUAAUUGAGAGCUUAAUUAAAGAACUUAAAUCUCUAUUAAGCGAUUUCGGAAUCGAGAUGAGUAUAGAUUGUCAAGGAAAAAUGUUACUAGCUUAUGAAACAAAUAAGACGAUGGAUCUUCCGGCUAUCACAUUCGAUAAUGAUAUUCCAUGUAUUCAAGAUGUUCUUGACAUGAUAAUAAACACUGGAGUUUUGAUUCAAGAGAAGAUGAAUCUAAGUAAUUCAAGAUUGGAUAAGUUAAAUAAGCAAGUCAAGAUUUUAACUCAACAAAUUAUAUCUGUUAAGAGACAAAAUUUGGUAUAUAAGACUGCUUUUAUACAAAGAUGCCAGAAUCUCCACAAGGCUGAAAUUGAGGUUGAUAUUCUUGGGGAUACAGUGGAUUCUUUAACAAGUCUACUCAAAAGAAUAUACUCGACAUUGGAUCACUACUCAAUAGUACUUCAAAAUUUCCCAGAGGUUUGCAAUAUGCGGAUUUGGAUUAAAAAGUUAAUUUUCUUUGAGGAUGAUACAAAUAUAAAACUGUCCGCCUAUAGUUUCUGAAAAAAGAAAGUACGUGGUUGAAAAGUAACAUUAUAAUGUUCAAGGUAUCCCCAAACUUGAGUUUCUUUUCCAUAAUGUCUACUUUUACCAAACACCACUCUCAAAUGGCUGGUAAUGGAUGACAAUGAAGAAAAUGAGAUUCUUUACGUGAACUAACAUUAUAUUUCCGCGGA